CUAUUUCAACGCACCUUCGUCUCCUUUCCCCUUCCCUGCCCUUCUUUCUGUACCAAAUUCCCAAUCCUCUUUAACCUCUUCUCUCUUUUAUUACCUGUCUACUUUCAUCGAACACCUAUUUUAUACCUCUAUAUAUACACACCCAUAACCCACAACACACACACACAAAAGAAAAAGAAAUCACUGAGACAAUCAUGGCUUCUCUAAAGUUUCUUGCUUUCUUCAUUUUAUUUUCUGGGCUCCUUUCUUCUUUUUCGUCAGCUUUAGAUAUGUCCAUUGUUGAUUACAACAUCAAACAUGGAACAAAAUACCCAUUAAGAACUGAUUCUCAGGUUAGAAGAAUGUACGAGAUGUGGUUAGUUGAACACGGUAAAGCUUAUAAUGCUUUAGGUGAAAAAGAAAAAAGAUUUGAGAUUUUUAAGGAUAAUCUUAGAUUUAUCGAUGAGCAUAACUCUGUUGAUAGGAGUUAUAAAGUGGGUCUGAAUCGGUUUGCUGAUUUAACUAAUGAGGAGUAUAAAGCUAUGUUCUUGGGUACAAAGAUGGAGAGAAAGAAUAGAUUUCUGGGUACAAGGAGUCAGAGGUAUUUGUUUAAGGAUGGUGAUGAUUUGCCUGAGAAUGUUGAUUGGAGAGAAAAGGGUGCUGUUGUUCCUGUUAAGGAUCAAGGCCAGUGUGGGAGUUGCUGGGCUUUCUCAACUGUUGGUGCAGUAGAAGGCAUAAACCAGAUUGUAACUGGUGAGCUAAUUUCUCUAUCUGAGCAGGAGUUGGUAGACUGUGAUAAGUCAUAUAACCAGGGAUGCAAUGGAGGUCUCAUGGACUAUGCCUUUGAAUUCAUCAUCAACAAUGGUGGCAUUGAUACUGAAGAAGAUUACCCUUACAAGGCCUCUGAUAACAUAUGUGAUCCAAAUAGGAAAAAUGCUAAGGUAGUUACCAUUGAUGGAUAUGAAGAUGUUCCUGAAAAUGAUGAAAAUUCCUUGAAGAAAGCUGUUGCUCAUCAACCAGUUAGUGUUGCCAUUGAAGCUGGAGGCAGGGCUUUCCAACUCUACAAAUCGGGUGUUUUCACUGGUAGAUGUGGCACAGAGCUGGACCAUGGUGUGGUUGCUGUUGGAUAUGGUACAGAAAAUGGUGUGAACUAUUGGAUUGUGAGGAACUCAUGGGGUUCCGCAUGGGGAGAGAGUGGUUAUAUCAGGAUGGAGCGUAAUGUGGCCAACACUAAAACCGGCAAGUGUGGGAUUGCUAUACAGCCUUCAUAUCCCACCAAGAAGGGUGCAAACCCCCCUAAUCCUGGGCCCUCCCCUCCAUCUCCAGUGAACCCUCCACCUCCAGUGAGUCCAUCCACCGUGUGCGAUGAUUACUUCUCAUGCCCCGAUGGAAACACUUGCUGUUGUAUAUAUGAAUAUAGUGGAUACUGCUUCGGAUGGGGAUGCUGCCCUCUUGAGUCCGCAACCUGCUGUGAUGACCAUAAUAGCUGCUGCCCUCACGAGUACCCUGUUUGUGACCUCAAAGCUGGAACCUGCCGAUUGAGCAAGGAUAACCCAUUGGGAGUCAAAGCAUUGAGACGAGGCCCUGCCAAAAGAACUCACACUCACCUUAAUGGAAUCAACAUCGCAUGAAGUCUCAGGAUAUGCAAAGGAGAAAAAGAUGAGCAAGGAAAAAGGAAUGGCUGCUUUUUACACCAUUAAUUGAUGUUUAAUGUUAUUCAGUUUCUUGGUGAUUAUUGUAAAUAGAUCCAUUUCUGCUGAAGCAGAAAACAAACAGAUUCAGAAGAAAACAUCUCACAUAAAUUUGUAUAGUCACCAAAACAAUUGAUUCUCAUUGAAGUGAUUGCUGGCUUUUA